GCACCUGAUCCAGUCCAGGCACCUGAGGAAUUCUCGUCGUGGGCCAAGCUGGGACGCGAGCGUCCUCCCGUGCGUGUGCGUGUGCGCGCGCCCUCCUGUCAUUUUGCCCGCGCUCAACUCCCAAACCGGACCAGUCCAGAGUAGACCGCGGCUGCGCGCGCACACGGGACGCUCGUCUCGACCAUGCACGCUGACAACUACCGGAGGACACUGAACACGCCGUGCAGCACUUCCACUGAAACAACAACAACAACAACAACAACAAAGUAUAUUCAUCCAGCGGUGAGUCAUUGCAGCGAGUGCGUAAAGGAUCCCGAGUGGGGUGGGGGUGGGGGUCCCUGGGGGGUCCCACGCAGCCCACGCAGCUGCACCAUGAGGCUGGCAAGCAUCAUUUUCUUGGCGGCUCUCUGCGCCUUCACCGCCUACUAUGUUUAUGAACCCAUUCCUGAGGACGUCGAGGAGAGAUGGAAACUCAUGUUGACCGACACCUUCUUCAGAAGUCUCAGCCACCUGGCGGACUUCAGCGAGUUAGUGGGCCUGAAGGACUACAUGGGCGUGAUGUACAUCAUCACUCUGAUGGAAAACAUUGUGCCUGUUUCCGAUGAACAUGUCACGGUGACCGUGGAGAACUUUGACGGUGUGGAGGUGGUGCUGUACCAGCCCAAGCAGCCAGGUGGCGACCCAGAAGCCAGGAGAGCAGUCAUAUACCUGCACGGCGGGGGGUGGUGUCUGGGCAGCUCGCGCAUGGGUCCAUAUGACAUGCUCGCCAGGAAAAUGGCAAUUGAGCUGAAUGCGGUGAUCGUCUCUGUAGAGUACCGCCUUGCUCCUGCCCACCACUUCCCUGUCCCGUAUGAGGAUGUUUACCGCGUUGUGAAACACUUUCUCCAGAUGGGGGUGCUUGCCCAGUUUUCUGUGGACCCGGGACGUAUUGCAAUAUCUGGAGACAGCGCCGGGGGAAACCUGGCAGCUGCUGUCUCCCAGCAACUGCUGAAGGAGCCCAGCCCACAGGUUCAUUUGAAGGCCCAAGCCCUCAUCUACCCCGUGCUGCAGGCUCUGGACCUCAACACACCUUCUUACCAACAAAACCAGGACAUGCCCAUACUACCGCGCACCCUCAUGGUGCGGUUCUGGAGCCUGUACUUCACCAGCGACAAAGCCUUUUUCCGAGCCAUGAUGAGCAACACGCACAACAACCCAGAGUCUUCCAGCCUGCUGAAGUUUGUCAACUGGAGCGCCUUCCUGCCCGAGUCGUACCGCAGGAAGUAUAACUACAGUGCCCCCGCUGUGGGGCGCGGGCAGUUUGGAACCAGCCAACCAUCUCCUUCUCUAGCUGACCCCAGGGCGUCCCCGCUGCUGGUUCCGGACUCGGCCUUGCGCUCCCUGCCUAAAGCCUACAUCCUCACAUGCGAGUACGACGUUCUCCGAGAUGACGGCAUCAUGUACGUCACGCGUCUCCGUGCGGCGGGCGUGGCCGUGACUCACCAACACUACCAGGCCGGAUUUCACGGUGCCUUGAUGUUCACCGUCUGGCCCGCCGACUUUCUCCUCGCUCGCCGCAUGACGGACGACUACGUGAGAUGGCUGAAGGAAAACUUGUGAAAUAACUUGGGAUUGAUCCAGUUGCUCCACAGUGAAGCACUACAUUGUUUUAUUGGCUGCACAACGCUACCGACUUGGCAGUCAUAUUAUUAUUAUUAUUUUUUACUCAUGCUUAUUUGAUCUGUAAAUACAGUAGUAUAUCUUGAAGUCUGUUACAUUUGUCCCACAUUUUUAUGACACUGUAAAAUGUCAACAGUGUGACAAGUAGUUAGCUUUUCAGAAAGUAUGAACACAAUGUAAACAAACCUCCUUGCAAAAAGUAAUCUUUGGUCUGAAUGCAACAAAACCUACAUCAGGGGUCGGCAACCCAAAUUGUUGAAAGAGCCAUAUUGGACCAAAAAUACAAAACCAAAUCAGUCUGGAGCCGCAAAAAAUUAAAAGCCAUAUUACAUACAGAUAAUGGGUCAUGAGAUAUAAAUUGAAUUAAGAGGACUUAAAGGAAACUAAAUGAGCUGAAAUAUCAAUCAAUCAAUGUUUAUUUAUAUAGCCCCAAAUCACAAAUGUCUCAAAGGACUGCACAAAUCAUUACGACUACAACAUCCUCGGAAGAACCCACAAAAGGGCAAGGAAAACUCACACCCAGUGGGCAGAGAGAAUUCACAUCCAGUGGGACGCCAGUGACAAUGCUGACUAUGAGAAACCUUGGAGAGGACCUCAGAUGUGGGCAACCCCCCUCCCCUCUAGGGGACCGAAAGCAAUGGAUGUGGAGCGGGUCUAACAUGAUACUGUGAAAGUUCAAUCCAAAGUGGCUCCAACACAGCCGCGAGAGUUCAGUUCAAGCGGAUCCAAGACAGCAGCGAGAGUCCCGUCCACAGGAAACCAUCUCAAGCGGAUCAGCAGCGUAGAGACGUCCCCAACCGAUACAGGCGAGCGGUCCAUCCUGGGUCCCGACGAGCGGUCCAUCCUGGGUCUCGACUCUGGCCAGCCAGUACUUCAUCCAUGGUCAUCGGACCGGACCCCCUCCACAAGGGAGGGGGGGGACAUAGGAGAAAGAAAAGAAGCGGCAGAUCAACUGGUCUAAAAAGGAGGUCUAUUUAAAGGCUAGAGUAUACAGAUGAGUUUUAAGGUGAGACUUAAAUAUAGCUACAAAUGAGGCAUAAUGAUGCAAUAUGUACAUACAGCUAGCCUAAAUAGCAUGUUAGCAUCUAUUAGCUUGCAGUGACCAAAUAUAUCUGAUUAGCACCCCACACAUGUCAAUAACAUCAACAAAACUCACCUUUGUGCAUUCACGCACAACAUUUAAAGUUUGGUGGACAAAAUGAGACAGAAAAAGAAGUGGCAUAAAACACGUCUUAGAAAGUCGGAGAAAGUUAUACAUGUAAACAAACCACGGUGCGUUCAAGGACCGCCAAAAUUAGUAGGACAAAACGGCGCUCGCCAAAUACUCCAAUCAGUGAAGCAUGAUUAAUAUAAACAGUGUGCUUUGUAACAAUUACGGAGGUUUGUGUCAUGUUUGUCCUCCUGCAGAAACCAUAUUAAAACAAAAAAAAAUAUUUUUUUCUCCUUCAUGUUUUCCAUUUUUCAUACGUUUUUGAAAAAGCUCCAGAGAGCCAAUAGGGCGGCCCUAAAGAGCCGCAUGUGGCUCCAAAGCCGCGGGUUACUGACCCCUGACCUACAUAAACAACGGAUAAAUAAUAAUGAAAAUAUACAUACAAACAUGUACUGUGUAAAUUGAAUUUGUUUGAGGUGAAACUAAGGCAACCAAGGACAAAAUACAGUCGUGGUCAAGAGUUUACAUGCACUUGGAAAGAACAUCGUGUUUAUGGCUAUGAGUUUUUUCUCUUGGCUUCAGUCUGGACUUUCUCUCCAGGGGCCCAGGUUUAGACCCAUUUUAUUUUUUCCCACCCCGCCCUCCAUUUUUUACCUGUAUCUCACCUUUUUUGUAAGGGUCUGUUGUGUCUUCGCCACACUGUCCUUCAGGAGAGUCUCCAAGCCAGGGAAACAAUCCAAGUUUGAAUGUUUUGUAUACGAGUGAAAAUAAAAAACAAUUUGUAUACAAUAAAAUACUCUAAAUUGGUCCUCAAAAUUCAGACAUUCCGAUGUUCUCCAAAUCCCAAGAGUGUCCACAGUUCUUCCCGCAUUCUCCAACCAUCAUGUCAUGGUUGUCUCGACUUUCCGAUCAUUUCUACAACUGUUAUUUUUUUCGUGAUGUAGUGAUUGGAGCACAUACUUGUUGCUCACAAAAAACAUUCAUGAAGUUUGCUUCUUUUAUGAAUUCAUUAUCAAAGUAUCUUCAAACUUCAUGUGAGUGAUUAUGAUUGUUGACUUCUCUGAGCACAUAUAAAAAGGGGUCAUGUGAUGCAGUCAUCAGGCUGGCUUACAAAAGUCAAAGGAACUCAGCACAGAUCUGAAAAACGUAAUCAUUGACUUUUGACCACGACUGUAUGUACAUUUUAAAAAAACACAAUCACAGUAGUACCUCAACUUAGGAAUGUAAUUAGCACCGUGACGGAGCUCUUAACUAAAAAAUACAGCAUCAUUUUAACAUGCUUUUUAAAUGCAGAAUACAAAAAUAUUUUAUAAAACAAUGCGAUAGAUUGUACUACUAACUACAGUAGUUUUAUGACAUAAUAAUAAUAUACAAUUUUUACCUAUGCAAUAUACUUGUACAAUAUCGCCUUCUAACUGCUAGUCCGUUAAACACAACAGAAGCAACUUCUCCUUUUUUUCAUGGAUAAUUGUCUCCGAUUUAGGAAAUAUAUUUUAAUGGUGUUAUUGACUCCUGCUUCAGUGGAGUCCAGACUAGCAGUGUUAGGACUUAGGCUGCUUCACCAACUUAUGUAGCUAUGUAGCUAGCACAACACUGUCAUCUUUUUCAUGACUUUUUUCCUUAAAUCAAUGAAUAUCAUCCACUUGUUUUUCAUCCACGUUCUUUCUUUCAAUAGUUGAACAACUCAUUAAUCCAAAGCUUUAGCUAAGGGCUAAUGAUAGCGUGUAAGCGUAUGCUAGCUAAUGCUCAAAACUUAUGUUUUUUUGCGAGCAACUUCAAGUGUAACUAUUAGCCGAGAGGCAGCUCUUAUCACAAAUUACUCUUAAGUUGGGGUAGCUUAAGUUGAGUUACCUAUGUAUAAAAGAGAAUAACAUUUUAAAUACACAUCUACAAACGUAAAGAAAAUAUGUGAAAUACCAAGUUCGAAAAACUUUUAAUUUUUUACAAACAGCAAAUCUACAGUAUUCAACCUGAUCCAAGUACAAAACGAUGUUGUUUGUUUUGCCUUUGCUAAAAGUGUAAUUUUGUUUAUACUUUUCGGCUAAUCUAAAAAAAAAAAGGUACUAUUACAUUGUUUUCAGCUUUCUUAUGUAUUAUGUAAUAUAUCCAUCCAUCCGUUUUCUACCGCUUAUUCCCAUUGGGGUCACGGGGGCGCAGGAGCCUAUCUCACCUACAACCGGGCGGAAGGCGGGGUACAUUUUGUAAUUUAUGUGUAUAAAUAUAUACACAUAUAUGUGUUUGUGUGUAUAUAUAUAUAUAUAUAUAUAUAUAUAUAUAUAUAUAUAUACAUACAUAUAUAUAUAUAUAUAUAUAUAUAUAUAUAUACAUAUGUAAGGCCAGGGAAAAACACAAGAGGCUAGCUAUAUCAUCCCUACAAGCCAGAUUUAUAUAAAUUUAUACAUUUUAUAGAAAUUUGAUAAAAUCAGGGAAAACCUGCAAAACAGGCUUGUAGGGAUGAUAUAGCCUCUUGUGUUUUUUCCUUUACAUAUAUUUUGCUCGUAUUGAGCACUGUAUAACGGAUAAACCACAGAAACCUCAACUAAAUAUAUAAAUAUAGUGUCAAGCCCAUGGGAUCAGGUUAUGUUUUUGUCACAUUUGGUUUUAUUUUUUGGACACUCAGUUCCUGUUCCUGCACUUCCUUGUUUUCUUUGUUACCAUGCCAACUCAUUGAUUUUCACCCUGCCCUCAUGUCUCACACCUGUUUGCACUUAUUAUGUUCAUUAUUUAAACCUGUUGUUGCCAGGUGGUCAGCCUGGCGACUUUACAUAUCCCUCAACCCGACUAAUGCCAAGCCAUGCUGUUUAUUCCCUCCUGCACAUGUCAAGUAAGUUUUUGGUUUAGUUAUGCCACAGUUGUUUAGUUGUGUUUUCAGUAGUCAAGUUUGUUCUCCGCCAUUGUGCACGCCAUUUGUUUGCCUUUUGUUGUAGUUUGUUAGUGUUAGUAAUAAAUAAAUAUGUACUCACAUUCA